AAAAAACACAAACAGUUAGAAUGGAAGAAGACCAGAUAUCAGUUCUCCAGUCUCCUCUGGUUCUAAACCAAGAAAGAAGCCAUGGUUUUAGUGGAGAGGUUCAUCAACAAGAAGGUUAUUACAGAGAAGAGGUAGUUGAAGAAGUGAAGAAACAGCUAGGCCUAGCCCUGCCUCUUAUAGCAGUUAGCUUGCUGCAGUAUUCUUUACAGGUGAUUUCAAUCAUGUUCGUCGGCCAUCUCGGAGAAUUGCCUCUCUCUGGUGCUUCCAUGGCCACUUCAUUUGCUUCAGUCACUGGUUUCAGCGUACUGCUAGGAAUGGGAAGUGCAUUGGAAACGCUAUGUGGGCAAGCCUAUGGAGCCAAACAAUACCACAUGCUUGGUGUGUACACACAAAGAGCAAUGCUCAUUCUCACAGUGUUAAGCAUCCCUCUUGCUUUCAUCUGGUUUUACACCAGCACCAUCCUCAUCUCUCUUGGCCAAGAUCAUGAAAUAUCGAUCGAGGCGGGCAAGUUUAAUCGGUGGAUGAUCCCGAGCCUAUUUGCCUACGGCCUCCUCCAAUGUCUCAACAGGUUUUUACAGACACAGAACAUUGUGAUUCCUAUGAUGAUAUCCUCUGGGAUCACAGCUUUGUUCCACAUUUUUGUUUGUUGGGUUCUUGUGUUUGGGUUUGGACUUGGAAGCAAAGGAGCUGCCUUGGCAAAUGCCAUCUCGAACUGGGUUAAUGUGAUUUUUUUUAUGGCUUAUGUUAAGUUCUCUCCAAUUUGCAUGAAGACUUGGACUGGUUUUUCAGAGGAAGCCUAUCAUGAAGUUCUCAGCUUUUUAAAGCUUGCCAUUCCUUCAGCAAUAAUGAUAUGCUUGGAAUAUUGGUCAUUUGAGAUGGUUGUUCUUCUAUCGGGUCUUCUUCCCAACCCAAAACUAGAGACAUCAGUAUUAUCAAUAAGCCUCAACACAUGUUGGAUGGUAUAUAUGAUCUCUGUCGGGCUUGGUGGCGCUAUAAGUACGAGAGUUUCAAAUGAAUUGGGUGGUGGGCAUCCACAAAGUGCUCGUUUAGCUGUAUGUGUAAUGACUAUAGUGGCCAUCUCAGAAGGUGCAAUAGUUGCAGCAAUUACCAUUGCGUUUCGCCAUCUCUGGGGAAGACUGUACAGCAAUGAAGAAGAAGUAAUCACAUAUGUUGCCAAGAUGAUGCCUCUGCUUGCAUUGUCUGACUUCUUGGAUGGAUUUCAAUGCGUACUUUCAGGUUAUAGUUUCUUGCAAUUAUAAGCAUUUGCAUAGGGUGUGUUCAAGUACAUAAAACAAACUAAGUUAUUUGAGUUGGCUCGAUUUUGGUUCGUGCAUGUCUAUUAUUUAGAUUCGAAAUUGAAUAUGAUCAAUACUUUUAAGCUAAUUUUGUAAUCAAGUUGGUAGACUCGAAAAAAAUGAAGUAGUGAAUUUUAUUUAGUUGUUAAGGAUGCUUGUUAAUCAAGUUAUGUGUUUUUUGGAUUUACUCGAUCCUGAGCUCAAAUUCAGUCCCGUACUACGAAAAGAAUAUGAUUCAAGCUAAAACUGAGCAUAUGAUCUAGAAAAUUAGACUAACUUGUAACAAAAAAACAGAAUAAUCCAAGCUCGGCAACUAAGUUCCAGUUGAGCUUGAAUUAGUGAUAAUCAACUUGAGCCGAGUCUGAGCAUACUAAAUCUCGACACUCAUAGUUUUAUUAAAUAUAUGGAGUGCUUAUAAAAUGCUCUUAAAGAACAAAAUUAUUGAAUAUUGGGAUUUCAGGGGCUGCCAGAGGAUGUGGAUGGCAAAAUCUGUGUGCAUUCAUUAAUCUUGGUGCUUAUUAUGUUGUAGCAAUUCCUUGUGCUGUCCUCUUUGCUUUCUUCUUCCAUAUUGGAGGAAUGGUGGGACUCUCUCUCUCUCUCACACACACACACACAAUAGAUAAAGUGCCACUGAAUUUCUCUAACUUGUUAGCAAACAGGGACUUUGGAUGGGAAUCAUUUGUGGACUCUGUGUACAAGUUGUAGCACUCAUUACCAUAAAUCUGUGCACCAACUGGGAUACUGAGGCCAGAAAAGCUGUAAACAGAGUUCAAAAGACUGGUGUACUGAUUGAAUGACACAAUAGAUAAAGUGUUUAUUAUAACAAUAACUCAGCCAAUUAAUGAUUGAUGUAUACUUUUCUCCUUUGUAUACUUCUUUUGCUGAAUAAAGAUCAUGUAUUUAUGAGGGGAAAAAAAGGAAGGAAAAUCUUAUAGCAUUAGGGGAUUAUGCAAAGCACAUCCUUCAAAUGUCAAG